CUUCCGGUAGCCGAGAGCUGUGGCGGGGCUUGCUGGGAUCAUGGCGGAGAAUCACUGCGAGCUGCUGCCGCCGGCCCCGGGCGGCCUCGGGGCGGGGCUGGGGGCUGGCCUGUGCCGCCGCUGCAGCGCGGGGCUCGGCGCCCUGGUCCAGCGCCCCGGCAGCGUGUCCAAGUGGGUCCGGCUCAACGUCGGCGGCACCUACUUUCUCACCACCCGGCAGACGCUGUGCCGGGACCCGAAAUCCUUCCUGUACCGUUUGUGCCAGGCCGACCCCGACCUGGACUCGGACAAGGAUGAAACUGGUGCCUAUUUAAUCGACAGAGACCCCACCUACUUUGGGCCUGUGCUGAACUACCUGCGACAUGGCAAGCUGGUCAUUAACAAAGAUCUUGCAGAGGAGGGAGUGUUGGAGGAAGCAGAAUUUUACAAUAUCACCUCACUAAUAAAACUCGUAAAGGACAAAAUUAGAGAACGAGACAGCAAAACCUCCCAGGUGCCGGUGAAGCACGUGUACCGCGUGCUCCAGUGUCAGGAAGAGGAGCUCACGCAGAUGGUGUCCACCAUGUCUGACGGCUGGAAGUUCGAGCAGCUGGUCAGCAUCGGCUCUUCCUACAACUACGGAAACGAGGACCAGGCUGAGUUCCUCUGCGUGGUCUCUAAGGAACUGCACAAUUCCCCGUACGGCACGACCAGCGAGCCCAGCGAGAAAGCCAAGAUUUUGCAAGAACGGGGUUCAAGGAUGUGAGAAGCAUAGUGUUGACAACUGAAGAAACAUUUUAUCUUUUCCCAAGAUGCAACGAUCUGCCAUGUUGAGGAAGCUUGGCCGUGAGAAGAAACCUGCUUUUGACAAUUUCUCUAGAGAUCUGGGUGUGGAUCCUUUUUUGCCUCUGAGGUGGGUGGUGAGAGACGAGACGAGCUGUCCGAGGCCCGGCGUCCCCACUCGGAGGAGGCGUGCUGGCCGGGUGGGUGUCCCUGCGGGGGCCCUUGCUUGGUAUCACGUGCUACAUGGGCCCGAGGCAGGAGGCUUCCUGCCAGCCUGAUCACCGGAGAGCAUUCAAAGGACCGCGUUCUUGGUGCUACAUAAACAGUCUAUAAUGGAGCCUGGGCCUUGCUGGUUGGAAGCCGCCGCAGCGCCGUGGCCCCAGGCCCCGGGUGCCCACCGGUCACCCACGUGCGCCAGGCCCUGGGCCUCGGCUGCCUCCCACGCGUGAGCGGUUGGCACUCUCUUGCAGCCCCAGCGGCUCCUGAGAGAGGCGGCCUCCGCGUGUUCACUACUUCCCGGGCCUCCGUCGGAGCCAGGCUCCCCCGGCCUGACCCCGCCUGGAGCAGUCGGGGCUUCUCCGUUUGUAUUUUCCGGGCAAGAGAACUUUGCAUCCCUUCUUCCCCAGUGUGGAUGGACAACCCAAUGUUUUUACUUCUUAGAAAUGCCUAAAAGUGUUGCUGCACUUUGGACCGAUCUGCUAAGUCAUUCAAAGGGAGGCAGAAGUUCGUCGUGUGCGGCCCACCCCCGGGCUUGUGGGGGAGCUGUUGCCCGUCAGUGCCUUUGUCUCGCCUGGGAUGGAGGCCGGGGCGGGAGGCCUGUCCACCUGGCUUCCGGAGCCGAAACUCCGGGUCACACUGAAAUUUGGAUGUUUACAGUGCAUCACAAGUCUCUCUCUUGCCGGCUCUCUCGUUUUCUUUGUAUAACUAUGCAGUUCUCUCUGGUGUUUCUGGGGUGUUUGAGACUUCACACAACCUGCACGGGCUCUGCCCACAUGACCUGACAUCGGAGCCACUAGAAUCCCUGUAGGAACCGCUGCUCGCAUGCUCUGAGGACAGACCUUUCUUAGCUGGCCGUGGGGGCUGUCUGAGCACGGGGUGGGGCCUGGCUCGGACGUGCAGCUCUCGCCUUCCUUGCUGGGGUGGCUGUGCGCACUGACCACUGCUGGGUGGGGCGGAGGCUCUGACGUGCUUCGUUUCCACUGCUUCCGGAGGCUUCUCGCCUGUGCCCUCUUCUUCUUUGCCAAUAACCUGAUUAACCUAGUUCUCCAGCACCCAGGACUUACCUCCUCCUUUCUGUAAGGUCUGUUGUAUGUUGUUAACUGUUUGCUUCAACUGUUCAUAGCAUCCUUUCCAGAGGGCACAUUUAGGUCCUUGUGACCCCCCCUCCCGGUGAGCCCCAGGGAGGGGGGCAGCCCCUUAGUGGCCUCGGGGUGUACCUAUGGGGCCCUGCUGGCCACUUAGCGUCGUUUGAUUUGUGACCUUGACAUAAUAGAUAGGCUUGUUGUUUUUUAAUUUAAAGAUAUUAAGACUUAAUUCACUAAAAUUUAUUCUAAGGGGAUAUUUAUACUUUUAUACUUUUUUAGGUAUCCGUAUUUUAUCAGCUUACAGCCUAAGUUUCCCCUGAAAAUAGCAAAUAAAAUUGUGUAUUUAUGAA